AUGGUACUUCUCAAUUCGAAUACGAUUGACAAGUCCAGAAGAAGACCAUGCGGCAGGAUAUCAUUCAGCGCAUUGGUACUCAUCGUCAGACUCUACGUCUGGAUGGCGAAUGUAGGUCAAAGCCACGUUGAUCUGGUACUCGAGGUCCUUGUCAUCUUGCUUGUACUGGGUGCCCAGUGCAUACACGUAGAGAAGCGUGAUGAGUAG